AUGGCGCCGAAACCUACCCGCGUUGAACGGCAGACGAAAUUACACUCGGAGGAGGUCAUACAGGAUUGGUCGUCUUGCGGUUCCCCGCCCCAUAUCUAUGUCUUACACAAGGAUUUUAGCCCGCAUUUGUCUCGAGAGCCUCAAUUUGAUGAGGCGAUUGAAAUUCGUAUCCAGGUGCCGGGAAAGGAGGUGGGAGGCUUGGACCGGCGCCCCUUGUACUCAAGUUACACGCUCCUUGACGAGGGUCAAGCUGGCGGCGAGCGCCGGGGUCGCCUUGACAUGACAAAAGUUUACGGAUACAUCCUCAAUACAAAGAAAUACAAAUUGGACAUAUGUGCGGGCGAUGAGCUGCAAGUCUGGUCGUCCGAUUUGCUGGACUGGUUUGUCCUGGGGCUGGUGACACCGAAGUGUGCCGUCUGCUACGGCGACACAUCAACUAGCGGUUCUCUGCUGGUCCGCUGCCAAGCCUGUAGGCGCUGCUACCACAAGGCUUGCGCGGUACAUGGCAGGGGGCAACAGUUCCAAUGCUUGGGCUGCACAGAUAGAGAGCAGCUGCCGCUGCAGCAGGAGCUGCACGAACAGCACCACGGGCAGCAGGAAGAGCAACAGCCCUCGCAUGAACGCCAGGAGCCUUCUGAUCAGCAGCAGCAGGAGCCCUCCGGAGAAGCCCAGGCUCUCAACCACAACCACCAAAGCCACCGCCCAUCUUCGCAACACCAGCACCAGCAACGUUUAAAGCGGAAACUAUCGCCGCAAUCGCGACCACGGCAGCAGCAGCAGCAGCAGCGAAGGCCGCCACAGUCACAAACUUCGCAACAAACCUCCCAACAGACCUCGCAACGGCAACAAACCUCACAGCCCAUGACCCAGCAGCAGCAGCAGCCUUCGUCACAGCACGAGCCAGCAGCAAAUGCCCAGGAAGAAGACGACAGCGACUCGCUCCCUGUGGGCCAGCUGCUACGGCAGCGGUCUACAACUAACCUGGCGCGGAAGCGGCCCGCACCGCCACCGAAAGUCGGCAUGGACAAUCACGAUGGCAGCGAGGAUGACCAGAGCUCCAGCAGCGAAGACGAUGGCACUGACAACGACAGUAGCAGCGCCAGCGGCGAUAGCCGUAGCCAUAGCGAAGAGCCCCAGGCUAAGCGGCGCCGCUUGGACGAACACACCGCGGCUCCUAGUAUCUCCUCAGGCGAGCAAAGACUGGGCAAUGCCGGCCGCGGGAACGGGCGGGGUCCAGGUGUACGGUGGCAGCAUAUUGCCAACAGGGACGCCGGCGGCAGUGCUGGGGCCGAGGCCGCUGCUGACGUCGCCGCGGCUGUUGGCAUUGCGCCGAGCCCUGCGUUGGAGCAGCUUGCUGGGAAUUCCUCUGACGCGGCAGCGACGCCUGGGCGGAGGCUUGAAGCUGUUGCUCCUGCGGGGCCUCGCGAUGGCGCUGCUGGCCGUGGGGCAGCCGUGAGAGCCGCCGUCCCGUGGGCGCGGUGCUUGCUGCUGCGGGGCGAAUGCGACGGGGCGCUGUGCCAGGCAUCGCCGCUGCUGGCGGCGGCGGCCGCCGCAGCGCCGCGGCGCCGGCGACGAACGGUGGCGGCGUUGCCUUGCUCCGCAGCGGAGCAGCAGCUGCAUUGCCGGUCCGAGCCGGUCCGAGCGCCACGUUUGGUGGCAGAAGCGAGACCGGCGGAGGAAGCAGCGAUGACGGCGGCGGCGCCGGCGGGUUUGCUAACGGGAGCGUCCCAAGCCCUGCAGUCCGUCUAUGCCGAGGUCCAGCAAAUGCUGGACCGGGAAGUGGAAAAUGAGUCAGUCUUGGCGCAAAAGCUGCGGCAGGCGGAAGCCUGUUGGCAGCGCCUGGUGGCGCUGUACAGCAAGCAAAAGGCCCGUCUGGGUCGUCGUUGUACGGAGAUGCAGCGGAUGCAGGAGAAUCAGGCACGGCAGGCCGAGCAGUUCAGGCUGCAGCUGAGACGGCAGGCAGAUGAGCUGCAAGCGCUACAAGCGGCGGUGGCAUUAGCUGAGGAGGCGCAGACUCGCAGCCAGGAGGAGGUGGCCCGGCAACGAGAGCAGGUUUCGGAGCUUCAGCAGGUUGCCGCUGCGAAGGCGGCGCUGGAGCAACGGGCGGCAGCCGCCGAGCAAGAGGUAGAUUGGUUGCGCCGCCAGCUGGCGGCGACUAAGCAGGAGCUGCAGCAGAGCGAGGAGGCGAGACGGCGGCUGAAGCAGGAGAUGCUGGACCAGGCCGAGGAGUUUCAGCAGCGGCAGGCGCAGGAACGCAGUGAGGCGCGGCAGCGCCACGAGCAGGAGCUGCAGCAGGCAGAGGCGGCGCGGCAGCGCCACGAGCAGGAGCUGCAACAGGCAGAGGCGGCGCGGCAGCGCCACGAGCAGGAGCUGCAACAGGCAGAGGCGGCGCGGCAGCGCCACGAGCAGGAGCUGCAACAGGCAGAGGCGGCGCGGCAGCGCCACGAGCAGGAGCUGCAGCAGGCAGAGGCGUUGCGGCGGCGCCACGUGCAGGAGCUGCAGGAAAUAGCGCGGCAGCUGGAAGACGCGCGUCGGGAGGUGGCGGAUCUGCGAGGGCAGCUGGCAGCGGCAUCACAGGGCGGACGAGCCGCCAGGGGUGACGACGCCAGGGUCAGUGGCGCUGGCGGCGGUGGCGGUGGAGGCUUGCACGAACCUGGGCUGGGUUACAUCGGUGCCGCUGCCGCUGCCGGGCAUGAUGGGCGGAUGGCGGUGAUGUCGGCCGCGGAGACAGCCGAGUCGGACCGAAUUUACAUCGAGCAGCUGGAGGCCACCACAGCUCGUUUGCGUGCCGAUGUGAUGCGUCAAAUGGCCGAGAGGGUCGAGGAGCGGCGGGCUCUGGAGACGGAGGUGGAGUUGUGGAGGCAGCUGGCCAGGGUCGGGGUCGGGGGCUGUUGGCGGUCCCUGGCUGGUCCGCAGCUGGCCUGGGGGCGGACGGUGCGGGCGGAAGCGGCGCAGCAGCAGCCAGAGCUACAGCCGCUUAUCAGCAGCAGCAGCCAGAACCGCAAUCGCCACAUUUGUUGGUUUCGAAGCCCCAGUGACGGCGUCACAAUGACGGCCUUUGUGGCGGCUUACUGCCGCCAGCGGGCGUCACCCCGCCAGCGGCCGUCGCCACACCAGCCUUUGCUGGCCGGCCUCCUGGCGACGUAA